CCAACUUCGCUGCAGGCAGCCGUUCACGAUCCACUUUAUCAUGCAACCUUAAUUAUGACCAGAAUACCGAUCGUCCUGCUGUCGCUGCUGGUUUCAGCUCUCGCAGCAUCAAACGCGCUCGAGGUAGACGACACGCCACUGCCCGUGUUGAUCUGGCAUGGGCUGGGGGAUAACUACGCUGCCGAUGGCAUAAAUGAUGUCGCCGCCUUGAUCCAGGAGAUCAAUCCAGGCACGUUCGUGUACCCUAUCCGCCUCGCCGAAGAUCCAUCUUCCGACCGCUCUGCCUCUUUCCUCGGAAACACGACCGAACAGAUCUCUGCCGUGUGUGCAGACCUAGCCAGACACCCCAUCCUCUCAACUGCCCCAGCCGUCGACGCGUUGGGCUUCAGCCAAGGCGGCUUGUUCUUACGCGCAUAUGUCGAAAGAUGCAACGACCCGCCUGUUCGAAGUCUAGUCACGUUUGGCAGUCCUCACAACGGCAUCGCAGACUACGCUGGCUGCGGCGCGACUGACUGGCUCUGCAAAGGGGCGAUGGCACUUCUUCAUUCGAAUACUUGGUCCAGAUUCGUCCAGUCGCGACUCGUGCCUGCACAGUAUUACCGCGAGGUAGACCCAGACACCGGCCUGCCAUCGGAACAGUAUCUCGAAAACUCCAACUUGCUGGCGGACAUCAACAACGAACGCACGAAUAAGAACAAAACGUACUCUGCUAACAUUUCUAAGUUGACAAACUUUGUCAUGUACGCCUUCGCUGAUGAUAAAACUGUGAUCCCGAAGGAGAGCUCGUGGUUUGCGGACGUGAAUAUUACAACUGAGGAAGUUACGUACUUGCGAGAUAGGAAAAUGUACAAGGAAGACUGGCUUGGGCUGCGAAUUUUAGACAGAAAAGGCGGGCUCGUUUUCAAGACUGCACCUGGCGAGCAUAUGAGAUUAAGUGAGGAGGUGCUAAAUCGCACGUUUGCAGAGUACUUCGGGCCGCUAAAGUCAAGAGACAGUCUUUCACGCCACCCACAGCAAAUUUACGAUAAUCUAGACCUGUAAGAUAUAUACGUAGUGUACAAGAACAACAUCAUGCAGACUUCUUAGUCAGGAGUCGGUGCUUAGUUGAUGUUCUGUGACCAUGAACGCAGCAUCACCCCUCGACAUAUUUGCGUUCUUGUGAUAUGGAUCAAAUAUGAGUACGACAAAUACUG